CUGCAUGUGGAUCCACCCUUUGUUCCCUAGUUUGCCCCCCAACGUUUGGAGUGCUAGCGUCUCUUCCUCGGUGUAACAAGGUUGAUGUGCAGUGUUGAGGAAGAGUACAGGGGCAGGAGUGGCGCUAAGGGCCAUCUGCCUGGCCACCAUAUCAGCUUUAUUGUUGCCUAGGGAGACCGAGUCAAGGGUAGUUUGGUGUCCCCGGCAGUGGACGAUGGCGACCUCGGUGGGUAGGCGUAGGGCCUCGAGGAGCCUGGCAAUGAGCGGCCCAUUUACGAUAGGGAUACCUUUGGUAGUCAGGAAUCCCCUUUCUUGCCAAAUAACUGAAUGAGUGUGGGAUAUGAGGUAAGCAUAUUUGGAGUCAGUGUAAAUGGUGACUCGUUGUCCCUUGGACAGGUGGAGUGCCCGGGUUAGGGCUAUCGGCUCCACCUUCUGGGAAGUAGUCCCAAGAGGAAGGGGGGCUGCUUCAACAACUGCCUCAGAGGUAACUACGGCAUAGGCGGCGUGGCGUAGGCCAUCUGAGGUCAGAAGGGAGCUGCCAUCCACAAACAGGAUGUGAUCAGGGUUAGCCGGAGGUUGGUCAGAGAGUCCAGGGUAAGAGGGGGUAAAGUCCUCCAGAAGUUGAAGGCAAGAGUGAGAAGGGUCAGGGGUAGGUAAGGGUGCAGGCAGUAAAGUCGCAGGGUUUUAGCGGGGGGAGACAGACAGAGAUAUCUGAGGGUUUUCGACAAAUAACAAAUGGAAUAACUCACCCGGGAGGGAGUCAUCUGGGCCAGAGACCGAUGGCCAAGGAGGUCCGUGAGUCGGUGGGGGGAGUAGACUGUAAGAGGCUGUCCUAAGGUCAGUUUUAGGACCUCCUUAGUGAGGGAGGCCACGGCAGCCAGCGCCCUGAGACAGGGUUGUCAACCCCGGGUGGUGGGGUCUGUUUGGACAGGUAGGCUACUGCCCUGUAUGUAGGCCCGGUGGGCUGGGCUAGAAGGCCGGUGGCCGACUCAGAUCGUUCAUCUGUGAAGAGAUGGAACGGUUUAGCAUGGUCUGGGAGAGCCAGAACUGGUUCCUUAAUGAGGCAGUCUCAGAGCCUCGAAAAUCCAUGCUGGAUUGAGGCAGGAUCAGUUAAGGGACCCUGAGGGGUUUCCUUGGCUGCUUGAUAUAAAGGCCGGGCCAGGAUAGAUAAGUUUGGAAUCCAGUGUCUAAAAAACCCCACGAGUCCUAGGAAGGAGAGUAUCCCAUCUGCACUCUGAGGGGAGUUCUUGGAGGAGGUGAAUACGGUCCCCAGUAAGGGAUUUAGAGGUAGGGGUCAGAGUGAUCCCUAGAUAUGUGACUGAUGGGGUACAUAGCUGGGCCUUAGACGGGUUGACUCUAUACCCCCUAGCUCCCAGGAAGUUUAGUAGGGUAGAGGUAUCUUCCUGGGAGGUGAGGAGGGAAGGGCUACAGAGAAGCAGGUCAUCUACAUACUGUAGCAGGGUACUGGCCUCCAGGAGACAUUCCUGGAGGUCAGCUGCCAGGGCCUGGCCGAAAAUGUGGGGGCUGUCACAACACCCUUGCGGUAGGACUGUCCAGGUGUUUCUUGGGCAUAUGCAAUGUUCUGGGAAUUGUUCUAGCAACUAAGGAUAUAGCAGAGAAUUUUAAAAAGACAAAGUUUUGGUACUCAGCUUACAUCUAAUGGAGUUUCUUAGAGAGAGGAGUCUCUACAACUAAAGCAAGUUUAUGAAGGAGAAGAAGGUGGUGGAAAGAAUAUACAUGUUUCCAUAGCUUUUAACUGCAAUCCACAGAGCCAUACAGAUUGUACAAAUCCAGACAUUAACUUCUGAGCGGAACAUUGAAGCAACUGAAACAUAUCUCAUUCUUCACUUGACAAGUCAUGGAAGAUCUAGAGGAAAGAUUAUUUGAAGAGUUCGAGAACUAUUCCUAUACUCUGGAAUAUUACUCCUCGGAGUCUGAUUUGGAGGAGAAAGGCCACGUGGGAGCAGUUCAUUGGGUCUCCCUGGUGUUAUACUGUUUAGCAUUUAUUCUGGGCAUUCCAGGAAAUGCCAUUGUCAUUUGGUUCACGGGGUUCAAGUGGAAGAAGACGGUCACCACUCUCUGGUUCCUCAAUCUGGCUAUUGCAGAUUUCAUUUUUCUUCUCUUCCUACCUCUGUACAUCUCCUAUGUGGCCAUGAAUUUCCACUGGCCCUUUGGCAUCUGGCUGUGCAAGGCCAAUUCCUUUAUUGCCCAGUUGAACAUGUUUGCUAGUGUGUUUUUCCUUACAGUGAUCAGCCUGGACCGCUAUAUCCACUUGAUCCAUCCUGUCGUAUCUCAUCGACACCGAACCCUGAAGAACUCCCUGAUUGUUAUUAUAUUCAUUUGGUUUUUGGCCUCUCUAAUGGGUGGUCCUGCGCUAUACUUCCGGGACACUCUGGAGUUCGAUAACCACACUCUUUGUUAUAACAAUUUCCAUGAGCAUGAUCCUGACCUUACCUUGAUGAGGCACCAUGUUCUGACCUGGGUGAAAUUUAUUGUUGGGUACCUCUUCCCCUUGCUAGCAAUGAGCAUUUGCUACUUGUGUCUCAUCUUCAAGGUGAGGAAGCGAAGCAUCCUGGUCUCCAGUAAGCAUUUCUGGACCAUCCUAGCUGUGGUCAUGGCCUUUUUGAUUUGCUGGACUCCUUAUCACCUGUUUAACAUUUGGGAGCUCACAAUCCACCACAAUAGCCAUUUCCACCAGGUGCUUCAGGCCGGCAUCCCCCUCUCCACUGGCUUGGCAUUCCUUAAUAGUUGUUUGAACCCCAUUCUUUAUGUCCUAAUUAGUAAGAAGUUCCAAACUCGCUUCCGGGCCUCAGUUGCUGAAAUACUAAAGCACACACUGUGGGAGGUCAGCUGUUCUGGCACAGUGAGUGAACAGCUCAGGAACUCUGAGACCAAGAACCUGUGUCUCCUGGAAACAGCUCAGUGAAUUAUUAUUCUUCCACAAAUCAGUAUAAGGUUUUUGUGUGGGUUCCCUGACAAAUGCUUUCAGGUUAUUUGGUUCCAAGGGACAGUACCAACAAUCUCUGUUUGUUAAUCAGUUUAGUGACAUUACAUUUUUGUGUGGGUAUAGAACUUAGGAAAGAUCUUCAUUUGUUCGCCUGCAAAUUAUCUAUCACUCUUGCUAAUUACACCAUUGUGGAUUAGUCCCUACUGUUGACGCAAUAUCAGCUAUUAUUUUUUUAAUCUUAAUGACUUUGAAGUCUUAAAUCUUAAUGCUAAAUAUAUGAUUAAUUCAUUUCAAGAAUGUUAACAUACGUGCCAAAGCUCACUUUAAUUUUGCACUAGUAACCUAUUAGAUAUAUUUUUAAAAUGCAACAUGUACUUAAUUUCUUUAUUUCAUGAAAUCUAUGUAUAUACAUUUAUAAAUUAAAGUAAUAGUUGGUUAUGGUAGUUUAAAACAUUGUGAAUUAUUAAUGAACUAUUAAUGCUUAAUGAAGUGUCCCAGAAUCUAGUUGCUUAGAAUGACAAUGCAUUAUUAUAAUAUUUCACAAUUCUGAGUCAGAAAUUCAAACAAGGCACAGAAGGGAGGUUCAUCUCUCUGCUUCAUAAGGUCUGAAGCAUCAGCUGGACUGGGAUGACCCAAACGGCUUGGGUUUUGGAACAGCUUGUCUCCUCUGCCUUACUAUCCCUUCUCUUUUUUUUUCUUCACACAGCUCUUCCAGUAUGGCAGCUCAGGGUAGCCAGACUUCUUAUAUGGCAGUUUAAGUCUCUAGGAGACCAAAGUGGACAUUUUUAGUACUCUUAAGGCCUAUGCCUGCCCCUGACACAGUAUAACAUCCACUGUACUCUCUUGGUCAAAGCGGUCACGGGCCAGCUCAGGUUCAAGGGGAGGUGACGUAGACCCCAGCAAUGGAGCCAAUGGAGAUAUGCUCCUAUCUUUAAUCCUUCAUGAUAUCAUUAUAAAUACUGUUUUUGGAAAAUUCUGGGUACGUGCAAGUAUGUAUAAGAUUGCUGUAAACAUAAAACACUGACAUCUAGAUAGUAGAUAGGCCAGCCCAAUCUCAGAAUGAUUUCAGAAAAAGAAAGCAUGUAUGGCAUUGAUAUAUUUCUAUCUUCUAUUCCUAUAACUAUAUUGAUGUAGACACCAGUACAAGACCAAUAAAGUAUACUUUUAAGUCAGUAA